GACAGAGAAAAUUGAGCAAUCCAUCUCCAACUAAUGAUAUCUCUCAUGCUUACAUGCCUUCUUCCCCUUUCAUCUCUCUCUCUAAAUCCCUUCCCCUUCCUCCCGCCUCCUGAGUAUUAACCCAUCCAAAAUUCACCCAACAAUAUGGAAAUCCAACCGCAAAUUUUCGAUUUUCUCAAAUUUGACAAGCAAAACUCUUCCGCCACAUUCAACACAAUCGCUAAAUUGCGCCACUUCUUCGAGCUUCUGCUCCUCCUAGGGCUCAUCUCCUGGUCUUCCGCCCACGCGCCGCCGCUCUUCCGAGUCGCCGCCGCCUACGGUGUCGAACUCUCCACCUACCUCUUCAACCACCACGUUGUUUUCCUAAUCGGCAACGCCAUCAUUUUCUCUCUGUUCCUCCUCUGCCGCCGCCAGAGCGAUUCCGCCGCGUCGGGCGACGAUUUCUACGACGAGUACGCCAAGCACAGUGACACCGCCGCGGCGGAGGCGGAUCGCGCCGAUCUGCCUCCGCCAGUGGAGAACAAGCAAAUUGUAGUGCGCGCGGAGGUGCAAUCGCAAUGCGACGAAAACGACGACGUUUCGGAGGCGAUAUGUAGCGCGAGGAGGCAGAUAAAGCGGUUCGAGAGGACGCAGUCGGAGAAGUUGAGGCGAGAAAUUAAGGCGACACUGAGGAGAUCGGAGACGGAGGUGCGGCGGAAAUCGGUCGAUGCGGCGGAGAUCGAGAGGCUCAGCAGCGAAGAGUUUCAGCGCAAAAUCGACGCAUUCAUCGACGAAAAUUGGUCUACGAAGAAAAAGUAGAAAUAGUGAGUAAUUAAACUGGGUGGGUCAAAUUGUCUGAUGCUCUGUUUUUUAUUUGUAGCUCUGGCCAACUUCAUCUGCUUAUUAUACAUAUGUUACUCCUUGUUUUCUAAUUUCAAUAAUUAUCUCAUCUAAUCUAUAUGUAAUUACAAUAAAUACGAGUAAGUUGUGUUUACAUUUCUA